AUUGCAGCACCCAGACUGUCAUGCAGCUCCCCGAUGUCUGCUGCCGGAGGGGGCGAACGCACCACCUCCUCAAGUGCCACUGCUGCGACACAGGAAACUCUUGACCCUGUUCCCGAUGAGGAAGCUUUGUUCCAACUGCUCAAGGAUGGUCGCUUUCGUAAUGUUGUUGUCCUUACUGGCGCUGGUGUCUCGACGAGUUGCGGCAUUCCCGAUUUCCGCUCCAAAAACUUCGGUCUCUUCGACAAGAUCAGUCGAAAUAACGGCCUAAUACAUCGUUUUCCGGAGUUAAUUGAUCAACCCGAUCUCUUCUUCAAUCGCGCUUUUGUCGAAAAGUACGGUCCAAAGGUCUGGGAAAGCGAUGUCCUUAGACUUCUGAAAGACAUCCAUUUGGCGCCGCCAAGUCCUACGACGAGUGCGAAUCUGGAUAUUUACGAAUCAUUGAAGGAUCCAGACUCUCAGGCGGAAAAACAGGAUCAUGGGCCUGGAGAUGCUCCCACUCCGUGUGAAAACAAGAACUCUUCAUCUUCAACAAUUUCUAGCAAGAGUAAGAAGAACAAGAACAAAGCAGCCCGGUCUCUGUCUGGCGUGAGUACAGCAUCGGCGAGCACCACCUCUUCAACGGCGGCACCGGAUGUCGACUAUGCGACGGACAGCGAAUUAUUUCCGCCUCAGGUAGCAGAGCAGGCAAGAACAGCAUCGACCACAGACAAUGGGACGAAUGCUGAACAAUAUCACCGAACAACAAAAAGUGAAAGUAAGAACUCUGACUUGGAGACGAUCCAGCCAUCACUUACACACCUAUUCUGCGGUUGGCUUCAUCAGAAAGGCUUUUUGCGUCGCGUCUACACGCAGAACAUUGACGGGCUACACACGCAAGCGAUUAAGCAUCUCGAACCACAAGAUCAAGCGCAUGGUAGUCAUUUCUGUUAUUUCUUCUUUUUGUAAUAUCUGUUACCACUCUGCUUCCUUUAUUUUGGCAUAAUAAUAAACUCGAAAACAACGUUAACGUUAUAACAUAUAUUUAUAUAUGUACCAGGGAGGGAGGCCCCCCCCCCCUGUGGAUGGAUCUGGGGUGGACCACGCCAGAGGGGUCCAGCCUGGCCACCUUUGCGCGGUCUGUAUGGUUGGCCACAUGCAGCACGCCAAGGGGGUGGGUCCCGCCUUGCCUCCUCUGCCAGCUCUGUCGGGUACCGCAACACGCCCGAGGGCGCCAGCCUUGCCACCUUUGCCAGGUCUGUAGGGUACAUGCAACAAGGCAGCGGGGCCCUGCCUUUGCCUUUGCCAGGUCUGUAGGGUACAUGCAACAAGGCAGCGGGGCCCCGCCUUUGCCCCCUUUGCCAGGUCUGUAGGGCACAUGCAACAAGGCAGCGGGGCCCUGCCUUUGCCAGGUCUGUAGGGUACAUGCAACAAGCCAGCGGGGCCCUGCCUUUGCCUUUGCCAGGUCUGUAGGGUACAUGCAACAAGGCAGCGGGGCCCUGCCUUUGCCCCCUUUGCCAGGCCUGUAGGGGACAUGCAACAAGGCAGCGGGGCCCUGCCUUUGCCCCCUUUGCCUGGUCUGUCGGGUACAUGCAACAAGCCAGCGGGGCCCUGCCUUUGCCCCCUUUGCCUUUGCCAGGUCUGUAGGGUACAGGCAACAAGGCGGGAAGGGGUCAGAAGUGGGCGCUUUGAGGCCUUCCCGCCCGGCAGCCCCUCGAAAAGAGGGGCCGGGGCUGGCAGGCCCCCCCCCCUUCAAAAAGUUAGAUCGGGGGGGGGGGCCUCCAGCCCUGAGCCCUGGAACACAUAUAAUAUACAUAUUCUUUUUAUUGCGUUUCAGGCGACGCAGUUGAGCGCAUGGUGAUGCCGGUUAUUGAGGAGAGAAUCCGAAGUCAGAUGGAGAAAUUAGCCGCGGCGCAGCGUGAAAAGGACAAGGCGAAAAAUUGUGAAUUAUCUGACACUGAAAGACAGAAAGAAGGGGGUGCGAGCAUUGGCGAGACUCUUCUUUUUCGACCGACCCAAAAUCUCAUCGGGAAACUGUGUAACUUGCUUUCGAUUUCGCGUCGCCCGUCGAUGGAGACGGGUUCUGGUUCUGAUGCAGAUCAGAACAAAGGUUCUGCGUCGUUUCUGGGAGGUAAUAGUAAAAGUGAUUGCAGCAGAAGCGCCGCGGCCGCGCUUGGCCGAGAUAACGCGCAUCAGGAGCAAUCAAGCGUAGCCCAAGAGGAAGAUCAUCAUCAUGGAACUGGAAGCGUUUCGGGCUCCGCUGACGAAAAGCUAGAAAACAAGUGUCCUGGGCUCAUACACCAGAAGAGCGCAGUUACUACCGGUUCAUCAGGUACAGGUUCGGGGUGCACUAAGCAUCAUGGAAAACAUAAGGUCGUGAAGAAUCUGCACCUAUUGCCCCCGUCUCACAUUGUCGAGUGCCACGGCAACUUGCGGCACCCGCCUUCCCUCGUUCUCUACGGCGAUCAGCUGCCCAUGCGGCUCCAUGACUGCCUCUGCUUCGAUUUUCCUGGUGACACCCCGAUGUCUCCUUUUACCUCGCCCCGCAGUAGUCCUGGUAAACAUGGUAAACAUGGACACCAUGGACACAAGGGCCACAACAAGCAUCACACCUUUGCCAGCUUGGCAACCGGGAACAAAAACAAACACGGAAAACACCAUGCAGCAGCUGGGUCUCAUGGUCAUCACAUAAACGCCUCGUCGCCCUCUUCUUUUAAGGUUUUCCGCAUUACAUUCUCCAAUCACAUCCUUGGCUUCUUUUCAAGCGGCAAGAAAUUAAUUUAAUAGGUGAAGGAUAGAAGGAUGUUCUGAAGAGCAAGAGUGUAUGUGUAGUAAUGGUAAUGCUGCAAGCUUUAAUUUCUCUGGUUCUUCCAGCAGCGGGGGGAGACACGCAGGCUUCAUGCCUGACUUGCCAGAAGAAGUCGACCUCAUUUUCGUCUUCGGGACUAGUUUGCAAGUGUCACCUUUCUGUGCGAUCCCGAACUUAGCUGCCAAGAACUGCGUACGCGUUCUCGUCAACUCGCCUCUGCAAGACUGCCUCGAGAAUGGAUGGAGCAAAAAGAAGCAGCGCAACAGUUGCAAAGUUCUUGACAAUGGUACCACAAGUGCUGCAGAAGAGGAAAAUCAACAUGUUGCUGUUGUUGAACAACCAGACAAUGCAACUGCAGUUCAGGUACUCCAGGCAGAGAAGGUAAAUAAGGCCAAAGGUGAGCAGGAAAAUGCGCUUAGCGCAUUUACGCAGCCGAAAGGGAAGAAGAAGAGGAAAAAACAACAACACGCUCAUCGUCAUCUGGAGAUGGCAAUUGAUACGCGAGAAGCAACGGAACUCGCAGAAAAGAAAAACGACCAUGCUUCAACUUCGCAGAAGCAGGCAGAUAUCGCUGCCGGCAGUCAUGAAGACGACACCCAUGGCUCCUCAAAAAACAACAUCAAGGAGGACGAAGAUGAGUCUUCAUCAUCCAAGGCCGUUGGCGUGCAGGACGUGUCUUCUACCUAUUUAGCAGGUAGAUUGGUCACUCUAAGACCGCAGUGGAAAGAGCCAAAACGUUUCCCACGGCAAUUGCUUGUCGACGAUAGGUGUGAUGCUUUCGUGGCGCGCUUUUUUAAUUACUUGUGGCAUGACGAGCACAAAUAACCGACGACGUAAAUCUAAAUGUAUUCACGGCUAUGACUAAUCAAGAAUCAAGACAUGAAAAUUUUUUCAUAAUUCCAUUUUGAUAGAAUCGUCACAACGAGCCAUGCUCAGUUUUAAUAUCUAGUACAUGCUCACGAUCUUUCUAAAUAUUCUCGCUUAGAAUAGGAGGACGCAGUCCAGAUCUUCAUCAGAGAAGAGGAAAACUCUCCUGAUCGAUAUCGUCGACGUUCGGUGUCAGGCCCGUUUUUACGUGAAAGUCAAGAUGGAACUGGAAGAAUUUUCUAGAUUUGUUGUCGCUUCAUCGAGUGGUGCACGAUAGAGGUUGUCACAAAAUAGCAUGUCGCUCAAAAUCACUUCCCCCGCGCUUAAAUGAUAUUGAGAUAGACUUGUUAUUGAUCAUGUACUUGUACAAUUCUGAUAGGAGAUACUUAGAAAUAGAAACUUCGUAAGUAAAGUUUGGACCAGGCUUUCUUAUUCUUUUUAAGUCGCACUUCUAGUAAGCGCAGGAGCACCAGCAGCCUUCAUCUACUCAUACUUUCUCGCCGUGGACCAUCUGUACUCUUCUUGUCACUCGAUAAUAGGUCCUCGUCCGUGAUUUCUAGAAAACGGCGCUGGCUCCCCACCUGUCAUAUUUGUUGUUAGUAAAUCAAUGUAAAAUCUACUUGUACAACACUAGCAACACCGAUCACAUACCACCAGCACGUGUUUUCCAUAGAACCCCGCGGCUCCAUCUACACGGGACCCGGCUUUCAUGGGCUGUGUAAAAACCGUCACAGAAACCUCCCCUGCUCCUCCCGAAAAGAAGUAUCCCUCUGUAGCCUUCCGGCAUGAGCUUGAUCAUGAUGCUCCCUAACAUUCAGCGUGAAUCGCAACUCCAAAAAUUCUUGAUAUCUACAAU